AUUGCAUGUUUUUCUUUGUUUUUAGAGUGUUUAAUGAUGUCUGUGCACAUAAAAGAUCUGUAAAGUUGCAAAAAUUAAAGUUUUAAAUCCAAAAAGAUAUUCUUUUUAAACGUGAAGCCUCAUCCACGCCCACCUAAAACGGCUCGUUUUACACGCCCAUGCAGUUAGACGUCAUACUGGUUUGAACAUUUGCAUAGCUCCGCCCUAAUGUACACGCAACGAUAGAGGGUGUAACCUUCAAUCACGCUGUAGUAUUGUUGUUGCCGCCGCCAUGUCGAGUAGACGCUGCGUGUUUCGUUGCGAAAGGCAAACUACUUUGUUUGGCCUUCCAAUAGAGGAAUCAUUAAGAAACCAGUGGUUAGUUUUUCUUUACAACGCUGUUCCAGACCAAUACAGCUUAAAUGUUCGAUUGUGUGCUGCACAUUUUACGGAGGAUUGCUUUCUGAACAUUGGGGAAUACAGGGCUGGAUGUGCACAAAGGCUUCGUCUUAAAAGUGGAGCAGUUCCAACUUUACACCUGCAGUCUGGCACUUCUGAAUCCCAGCCUAGUACAUAUCAUCAGGCCCGCAGUUCAGAACAAUUAUCCACUUCAUCACGAAGUUAUGAUGUUGAAUGUCAAACGGACAGUACCGAUACACUGCCUGCACCCUCUCCAAAGACGCGAUCCAUUGGCACACAGCUGUCUUGGGGUACACUAAAGGUCACGCAUACACGGAGCAAAGGCAUGCAGGCUAAGGUUUCUUCUUUUGAUGUUGGUACUGAAACUACUCCCAGUUUCCACUUAUUACCAUUUUCUUCAACUCCCAUCAAAGCCCCUACUUUCACACAACGUAAAAGGUCUUGUCUAGAGUUGGAUGAAGAGGAUGAAGACACAGACAUUUCACAAAGCGUUGCUGAACCACUUGAUUCAACGUAUAACCCGGACAACUCUGAUGUUACGGAGGAGUCUGUACUGGAGGCACCUGUACUGCAUGAACAGACAACAUACAAUGUUUCAAAAUACAUUGUUUUUGAAAGCUGCCUCCAAGAGCUAUUUGAGACAUGUCCAGUUUGCAAAACAAAGUGUGAGGUUCAAUGUAGACGAAUGGGCACCUAUGUGUCGUUCACCCAGCAAUGUCCAAGAUGCAGUUACUACAGAAAGUGGGAGAGUCAGCCGAUCAUUGGAAGUACCCCUGUUGUAAACCUUAUGUUGUCCGCCGCUAUUUACUUUAGUGGGGCGUCUUUCAUUCAAUUUCAAAAGAUUUGCAAGGCCAUGCAGCUUCAGAUCAUUCGCUAUGAUGCGUUUAGGAGGCAUGCUAGGAAUUACCUAGAGCCUGCUAUAGUACACAAGUGGAAAUUGGAUCAGAACAAUCUUUUCCGUAAGCUCCAAGAAGAGGGAAAGGUGGCAGUUGCUGGAGAUAUGAGGGCUGAUACACCAGGGCACUCAGCAAAGUAUGGCUGCUACACCUUGAUGCAUCUGGACAGCAACACCAUUCUUGACAUGCAGCUUGUUCAGAGUAACGAGGUAGGUGGUAGCUACCACAUGGAGAAGGAGGGCUUGAAGCGUUGUCUUGAUCAUCUAGAGUCUAACAGUUUGGCAUUGGAUUACAUUGUAACGGAUCGUCAUCCACAGAUCCAGAAGUUUCUUAGGGAACGCAAUAUCCUACAGUACUAUGAUGUGUGGCACUUCGAAAAAGGUUUGUCUAAAAAAUUAGACAAACUUUCACAAAAAAAGGAGUGUGAAAUGUUGAAGAAGUGGUUGAGGAGCAUAAAGAACCAUGUGUACUGGAGUGCUACAUCGUCUACUACUGGUCCCGAGAAGGUUGCCAAGUGGACAUCCCUGAUUGACCACAUCCAAAACGUACACACCCAUGAUAACCCUCUAUUCCCAAAAUGUGUACAUCCAGACAGAGUCUCUACAGAUCCCAAAAAAUGGUUUGAACCAGGGUCAAUGCCUCUACACAAAGUGGAAAAGAUACUUAACAACAAGCGAGUCCUAAAGGAUGUUGAAAAGCUCAGUCACCAUUACCAGACAUCUUCACUAGAGGCUUUCCACAGUGUGAUCCUGCGGUUUGCACCCAAAAACGUUGUCUUCCCAUUCAUUGGGAUGUUGUGCAGGUUGUACCUUGCAGCAAUGCACUACAACGAAAACGGAGACCGUGAACAGGCAACAACCACGUCAGGGCAACCUAUGUUCAAGAUUGUUUUUCCGAAGUCAAAGAAGGGUGGAUGUACUGCAAAGCCAAUCAAAACAGCCGCAUCUUAUGAUUAUGUAGCAGACUUGAUGAAGCUCGUCUUUGAAGAGGUGUUUCCAGACCCUGCUACAUUUGUAGAUGAGCUAAAAAGCAUCCCAGUUCCCACCACACUGUCCUCUCAGUUUGAAAAGCCUUCAAAGGAGGAAGUUAUUGGCAGCCGCAUCUCACGCUUCAGUCAAGGGGUGGUCGAAAGCCUACAUACUGUCCAUCCGGAUCAGGGAACUCCAGCCGGAUCCGAUGCACAACACAGGAUGGGAGAACAACUCUGACGCUCUUUCCUAAAUAGCCCCAGCACCAGCUUACAAAGCUUCGAUAGGCGAGAUAUCGGUACCGCCUGUGAAGAUGAUUGUAAACAAUAAUUUUACUAUUUUAAUUAACAAAAUUUGUACAUAUUUGCAAUUAUUAAUUGGUUAUUCUUUGGUUUUGAUUCUAAAAGUAAAGAAAUAUGAUAAACAAAAACAUACUCUUCUUCUGUUCUACGCCU